AUGGCGUCGGUCCUCCGUCGCGGACUCAGACACGCCAACAAGUCAUUUAAUACAUCCAUAAACAGUCGUAAAUACACGCUACAAGCAUCCUCGACCAGCAAAGUGGCCAGUGUCGAGCCGUUGAACAGACUUCCACCGAUUCUGGUCACGCUGCAUGAAGCAAAGGCUAGAAAAGCCACUCUGAGAUUUCUGGUCACGCGACCCGAUAAAGGCCUCAGCUUUGACUCGCUCGCAAAGACUCUGGGUCGCAACGAGAUAUACGUCGCCUCCAUCUUCUACGGACACGCAAAGCCCACUCAAGAGGACAUAGUUGCUCUGGCACACGCGCUGGCCGUCGACGAGCGCGCAAUAACAGACGAAAUCGGUUCACAUUGGUGGCCUAAUCGUGGCCUUGGAGGUGGAAUCCCUUCUGACCCAGUCAUUUAUCGGCUAUACGAGGGUGUCAUCGUGUACGGUCACCCCAUCAAGGCCGUCAUCCACGAAAAGUUUGGGGAUGGGAUUAUGUCGGUCCUUUUUUUCGACUGGUUCAUGGCCUUGGAACUAAACGUUUUUCGCUUAAGGUCCAUGAUAGAUUGCAAAGUCAAUGUCGAUCGCAAACCAGAUCCAAAGGGCGAUAGGGUGGUCAUCACCUUUGACGGAAAGUUCCUUCCGUAUAGCCAGAACUAG